AUGGGUAAGCGCUUCAUUGACGCUGGUGUCAAGCACGUCAUGACGAAGAGCGCGGGCAUCACAAAGGAUGUCAGGCGUUGGAGGAGAGAUGCGAUUCGGCAGAUUGAGAAGCUUCGACAAAAUAACGAUAUCUUCGAGUCUUUGAACUUAAUGGCGCUUGAUUGGCAAAUGAGAGAGAUUGCGAUUGAUGUUAAUUUGUCUAUAGGGCAUUCGCAGACUGUGCAGCGGUCGUCACUGAGGGAAGGUAACAUAUGGUGGCAACUCAAUAUCUUUUUCGUCCUUGGUGGGUGA